CACCAACACCAGUAACGUAAAUUUCCAAAAUUUCUAUUUUGUAGAAAAUAUUUUUAAAAACGGUAAUUUCUAAACAAUAUUAUCAAGCACUUGUUUCACCACAAUCGUCAAAGAUGUGGGGUGUAGGAAAAAUUCGAAAAUUAAGGCUUUUGUCAGCGAUUGGCGUACCAAAACGAUCAAUUUCAACGAGUCUCAAAACGUGUGAAAAAGUUAUGGCAAUUCGUCGCGAGGACAUAAACGUCUGGGAAAGAAGAGCCCCCAUUUCCCCUGCACAUGUUAAAGACCUGGUAGAUAACGGUAUAAAGGUUCUUGUCCAGCCUUCAACACGAAGGGCAUAUACGAUGGCCGAAUACGAAGGUGCCGGAGCAGUCAUUACGGAGGACCUAUCACCUGCUUCACUGAUCGUAGGUGUGAAGGCUGUACCGAUCAACCAGUUAUUACCAGAUAAAACGUAUGCUUUCUUUUCACACACUAUUAAAGCUCAACCGGGAAAUAUGCCACUGUUAGAUGCAAUGCUGGUGAAGAAUAUAAGGUUAGUUGAUUAUGAAAGAAUGCUUGAUUCUAAAGGACAGAGAGUUGCUGCAUUUGGCAAAUUUGCAGGUGUAGCAGGAAUGAUAAAUAUUCUUCAUGGGCUUGGCUUACGACUUCUUGCUCUUGGUCAUCAUACACCUUUCAUGUACAUGGGUGGUACACACAACUAUAAAAAUAGUCGUGCAGCUAAGUUGGCAAUCUUUGAACUUGGUGAAGAUAUUGCAAUGGGCAAACUUCCAGCACAUUUUGGACCUCUCUCCUUUGUUUUCACUGGUUCUGGAAAUGUAUCUCAGGGAGCACAGGAAAUGUUUCAAGAACUGCCUCAUAUGUAUGUCCCACCUCAGGAACUAAAACAAGCUGUGGAAAAGGGAGAUCAUCGUAAGUUGAUCGGAACCGUGAUAAGACGAGAGGAUUAUUUAGUUCCUAAAGCUGGUGGCAAGUUUGAUGCAGAAGAAUAUGAUGCGUAUCCCGAGAAAUAUCGUUCUAUAUUUGCAGAAAAGAUUGCUCCGUAUAUGUCAGUGAUGGUGAAUGGAGUAUACUGGCAACCUGGUUUUCCUCGUCUUUUGACCAACGAAGACAUUCAGCAUUUGACGAAACACAAGACGUCAUACAGCGUCAGUGAUGGCUGUCCUCCUCUGCCGCAUCGCUUUCUUGCAGUCUGCGAUAUAUCAGCUGACAUAAAUGGAUCAUUAGAAUUUAUGACAGAAUGUACAACUAUUGAAUAUCCAUUUGAACUGUUUGAUCCACAAGAAAACAAGUCUGAAAUUGGCAUGGCUGGAGAUGGUAUAUUGAUCUGUUCUAUUGACAAUCUUCCUGCACAACUACCUCGGGAGGCUACCGAUUAUUUUGGAAAAUUAUUACUGCCGUGGAUCCCAGAAAUGGUCGAAUCAGACACCAAAUCACCUUUUGAUGAUCAAACUCAUUUCUCAGAAACUGUGAGAAACGCCGUGAUCACUUCGAAUGGAAAGUUGACCAAAAAUUACGAAUAUAUUGAGGACUUGAGGAAGGGUCAAGAACCAGUACAACCAGUAAUCCAGACUGUUAAAGAACCCACGACCGCCCCUAUUGGUACAAAAGACAUUGAUAUCAAACAUAGAGUAUUACUAUUGGGUUCUGGCUUGGUUUCCGGUCCAGUUGUGGAAUAUCUUAUGAGAGAUCAGUCAAUUCGUCUAACAAUAGCGUCUGUGGAACCCGAGGAAGCAGCAGCACUGAGCGACGCCUAUGCAAAUGCUUCGUCAGUGUCUAUUGAUGUCCAAAACGAGCAAAAUAAAUUGAAUAAACUGGUUGGUGAUCACGAGCUUGUUAUAAGUUUACUUCCAUAUUCAUUUCAUCACGAUGUCGCUCAGAUGUGUAUACAACACAAAGUAAAUCUCGUCACCGCAAGUUACGUUUCUCCUGAUUUAAAGGGGCUCCAUCAAAGCGCUGUUGAUGCUGGGAUUACUAUUUUAAAUGAAGUAGGGUUGGACCCUGGUAUUGAUCAUAUGACGGCGAUGGAAUGUUUCGAUGAAGUGAAUGACAAUGGAGGAAAGGUUGUGUCGUUCAUGUCAUAUUGUGGAGGUCUACCGGCUCCUGAACUUGCAGAUAAUCCUUUAAGAAUGAAAUUCAGCUGGAGUCCUCGAGGUGUGUUAUCAACAACUCAAAAUGGUGCUAAGUAUUUGGAAAAUGGCGAGGUUAAAGAAAUUCCAGCUGGAGAAAUUCUUCAUCAUGUUAAACCCACAGAUUUGAUACCAGGCUAUAACUUAGAAUGUUAUCCUAAUCGUGAUUCAACUGUAUAUAAAGACAUUUAUGGCUUACCUGAUCUUCAUACUAUGAUCCGUGGCACGCUUAGAUACCGUGGCUACGCAGAUGUUUGUAUCGGACUACAGAAUUUAGGUCUGCUCAGUGUAGAAGAGAAGUCUCUGACGAGUCAACCAGUUACUUGGAUUAACUAUUUGAGCACAAUGAUCGGCUGCUCAUCGUCAAAGGCAGAACUUUAUGAAAAAGUUUUUAAACUCGUUGGUGAGGACGAAAAAAGAUUUUCUGCUAUUAAACGCCUUGGAUUGCUUUCAAACGAGAUUGUUGUGCCAAAACCAUCACCUCUGGACACAUUGAGCCAACACUUGAGCGAGAAACUUCCUUUUGAAAACGGAGAACGAGAUCUUGUGUUAUUGCGACAUGAAGUAGGAAUUGAAUGGCCUGAUAAUAAAAAGGAAACUCGGCGCAUCAGUCUUAUUGCUUAUGGUGAUUCAAAAUACUCAGCCAUGUCUAGGACAGUCGGAUUCCCAGCUGGAAUAGGAGCAAAGAUGGUACUUGGCGGAAAAGUUAAAAGCAAAGGUGUUGUGAUACCAUCAAUGCGAGAAAUCUACCAACCAAUCCUACAAAGUCUGAGCGAAGAAGGAAUCACUCCUGAGGUUGUAUCAUUCUAUGAUUGACGUGGUUGGCCUUAAUUGUCUUUAUAUUACCGCUGGUUAUGUUGUCUUGUGUUCGUUCGCGCAUGUUUCCUAAUUAGUAUUCUGUGGGAUUGUUCUCAUACCUUUGACUGCCGGAGAAGAUGUUUGCAUCAGGGAGUUCCAAUAUUGGGUUCUUCUAUGUAAAUAUGAUCAAAUUGGCUGAGUUGUUUAAUGUUUUGCGAUUAGGAUCUUUUCGAUAAAAAUGGAAUAGAAACCUGGACAAAAUCUUCCCGAAAUGAAAUUAGGGUCAGACCUGACUGCUUUGGUCAAUUAAUCGAAAGUGCAUAUAAAAAAGUUAAGAAAUAGACCUUAUACUGAUUAGUCACUACGAAGACUCUUAGCUGAGCGGAUGAUCCGAAAGACUGUCACCUUAAAUAUUGAUUUUAGUUAAAUAUUGAUUUUAUUUCCGCUGGACAACUGUAGACGCGGUCUCGCUUUACAGAGAUCAAAGAACACCGCAAUUGCAUAUAUGUUGGUGAAAAAGUAACCCGUUAAUUUUGAAGUUUAUCAGGGGCCGGUUGUUCGAAAGGCGUUUAGCUUAAACCGCCGACGGUGGAUAAUUUUAA